CCGACCGGUGUGUGUUGCUACUGUUGUGUGAUGGUCAGUGCCGGCGGUGAGACUCGAGGGCGGCACCACACCCAAACCCGAGAGAAAGCGGGAUGCGUAAUGGCGAGCGGGUGGAUAUGGAUAAGGGCGAGCUAGAGGUGGGAGGUGGGAAAAGCUGGGAGAGAGAGGGAAAAGAGAUGAGAAAGAGAUGAGAUCGAGGAUGGUGAGCUCGAGUGCGUUCCUUAAUGCAUGUCUCUCUGGCCUGGUGGGCUGCAAGCUCUUCCCAGCCUCCCUCAGGACGGGGGGAAGAGACGGCGACGGGCGAAAAAGGUCUGCGAUUACGAAAUGCCGCGGGGCUGGUGUUGCGUUUUCGCCAGUUGCCCAAGAAAACAGAGGGGGUUGGAGGUGGCAGGGGUCGCGAUCUCUUCACCGGCCACAUGUGGACAGGACCAAGCCGACGGUUUCUGGCAAAUAAGUAUCGAAAUCGACACGGCUCUCCCACCUGCUUUUCGUCGGGCCGUAUUGGAAUUGACGCUUCUUCUCGUCGACUUUUCGAAUCACAGCCCUAUCGUAUCUCUACUUACCACCUGUUAUGCGAUGGUGAGCUGGCACAGCUCUCCGGACAGGCCCCGUGCAGAAACAAGAAACAGCGCAAACUUCCGUGUUGACAGUGUGGCCCGUGCCGUCGCAACAGCGAUGAUAAUCGAUUGUAGUGACCUGCGUGGUGGCCGUGGCUCACGUACCCGGACCGCCCAAUUUAUGUGUGGGAGGUACAACGCUGCCCCGUGUGUCAUAAGUAUCCCGGUACAUGCCGCGAACCAAGUACCUGGGUACCCCCACAGCCCGAUAAAGCGCUAUGCUAGGGCUAUUAGCCAAUCAGACAUCUCAAACAGGGGCGCGGUUGCUCCCAGCUAGCGAUGUCGUAUAGCCUAUACGGGUACGUACUACGCACUUGUAGCAAUACCUCCAAGUCGGUGGUGGUUUGCUGCAGGGACCAACGGGUUCCGCAACUCGAUUUGCUCUCUUCGCGCUGCCGCCUGUUGGUACUGGCCAUGCCCCGUCGAGAGAGGCACCCAUUGUUAGGGAGCCCCGCCGUAUCUCGAAAUACGAAAGGGACCGCGACAUCGCUCAGCAGCAGUGUGCGUCUGGUCUUGACUAGGUGUGCAUGCAUCGUACGUAGGUACCUAGUAGGCAUGCAUCAAUAUUGUCCGCGACGGUCUCUCGAGGCAGAGGGAUGCGAUGCGGUUACGUGCCUAACCUCCCUGAAUUCUGC